AUGAAAUUUGUCGCUAUUAUGCAAACACUCUGUGAAAUAUCAGCUGCUGCGACGAAUUACGACGUAAAUCUGCGUGAUAUUACGGAACUGCAAAAAUAUACGUUAAUAUUACGUAAAUUUACAUUUUCGGUUUUUUGUUUCUCUAAAAAUGCCAAAACUACACCAGUUUCCUUUUCUCAUUAUUAUAAGUUUCCUCAUUACCCUGCUUUGUCAUCACUUUCUCAGCUCUCAGUUGUAGUGGACAUUAAGAUUCUUUGUUAA